AUGGCGAGUUCGGCGGGGCUAGCGCUGUGCGGGCGGACGCUGGUGGUGCGGGGCGGCAGCCGCUUCCUGGCCGUCUCCACCGCGAGCAGGUUAAAUGGUGUGGCCGGCGCCGUGUGUCUUUUGGGCUGGCGCCGGCCCAGCUCUGCUGACCUGGAGGGCCGGGCUGGGGAGAGUGUCAGCUGUGAGCAGGCGCGGGAGCAGCAGCACAGAAGCUCCUGGACCUUCCCAGCAGCACGACAGGGGGAUCAGACCAGGACAGAGAGUGUGGCCAGGGCAGGACUUGCUCAGUGCCGUCCAGCUCCCUGUGGACUCCCUGAGUUCUCGCUGGGGCUCUGGGGAGGGUGGGAGCUGGCCUCGGCGGGGACAGGAGCGGACAGACAGACGUCCCAGCAGCGUGGCACAGCUCGGCUCCCCUCUGCUUCUGUCCCCAGGUUCGUGAGCCGCAUCCUGGUUGUGCCUGACGAGCCUGAGCUGCUGCUGUCCUCCUCGGGGGACCGGACGCUGAGGCUCUGGGAGCACCGAAGUGGCCGGGAGUUGCACUGCUGUCACCUGGCCAGCCUGCAGGAACCGGCGGAGCCCUGGGCUGACAAGGUACGAGCGGCUUCCGGCUUGGGCUUCCUGGAGCCUGCGGGGCUCCUCUCCGCUCCCGGGACCCUGCGAGGUGAGACUGCGUCUGCGUUGGAAACAGUCCUUCGCCAUCCACGCAGACGCGUCCCAGCUUCGGAGAACUCGAGGUCUCCUGGUGAGGGUGAAGGGAAUGCCCGCAGCGGGAACGCGUCGGGGCUGUCGUGCUCCUCAGAUACGGCCACACGUGGCAGCCACGUGGAGGGCACGCUGGCGGCCCUCACGCCCCGGGUCGUUAUCCUGACAGACUUGAGGACGGCUGUGUCUGUCGCGCCAGGACAGCGGGCUGGGGUUCGCGAGGCGGCCGGAGCGCAUGUCUCCCGGCCCCGCAGCCCGGCCCCCGACUGGAGGCCCAUCCCUGCGCCGGUGGCCCCUCGACUCAUUGCCCUCUCCCCAUUGUCUUCUCAGGCUGCUGCCCCUGAAGACCCCGUGGUAGAGAAAGUGUCCGCCCACCUGCGGCGGAACUGGGCCAUGUUGGAAGGUGCGGCCGCCGCGGACGUCGGCUUCAGUGGGCUCUACAAGGCCACCUUUGACAAUAUGAGCGCCUACCUGAAGAAGAAGGAGCAGCGGCUGCAGAAGCGGCGGCAGCCCCCAGGCCCUGCGCCCCAGGAGCAGGCCAAGAAGCUGAGGCCGGCGGAGGUGCCCCUCAGGUGCCCGUCCUCACCGCCCGGUGCCCCCAUGCACCAGAGCCGGCUCUGCUGUCCCCUCCCUGCCCACGGCUCCCUCUAAGAUGGGGACAUCCUUCCCGACCCAAGCUUGGUGGCAGUUAGGUCCGCAUGGGUUCUGCAUACGCGUGGGCCAUCCCAGGGAACUGGUGGUUGUCCUGGGCUCUGGAACUUUCUGCUGCUAACUGGCUCUUAAGUCUGGCAUUGCAGGCCUCCUUCGGGUGAAGGAAAGCUAGGUGGGUGGCGCCCAGCCUGAGACACACAGGGGAGCAGUGCCAGCACCUCGGAGUGCCGUUUCUGCAUCUCGGGGACGUCCGAGCCCGUGGUGAGCGGGCAGCUGCAGGUCCUUCUCUGUCCCUGGAGCGCCGGACGGCAGUGUGGCCCACACGACUCGUCCCGUGUCUCCCUGCAGACGGUGUAGCGUGCUGUCCGGCGUCGGGGCCAGUGCUGCGCUGGGCCUCAAACCCGGCGGAGAGGCUCCGUUCCUCCGCUGGCGGCCGCCACGCCAUCUGCUCGGUCCCACCGCCGUGACGUGAGCUGGCCGCGGCGCACGGCCCCGCCUGGACCGCCUUCGGGUGCGAGGCCCUGGGAGCCCUGGCGGGAGGCAGUGGAGACCACGCGCGUCUUUGUGAUUUCCGCGCGCACUCUGCGCACGGUGCAAGGACCGGGGGCAGCAGCCGGAUUCUAGUCACUGGUCAAUAAUGAUGAGCUUUUUGCAGCUUCUGGAAAUGUUUAGCAGCAACAUUUGGAUCUAAUUUCAAAAUAUAUUGCGCAAACCGUUUUUGAUGAGCGUA